CAAAUUCUUGUUUUUCCGAGGCUCGUGAAGCACUCCCAGUCACGUGAAACAACCCGGAAGUGGCAGGAAAGUGGAAAGAAGAAGAAAGGAUGACGACUGCAGCCCUGACUGCGGGCCUGGAGCGGAUCCCGGACCAGCUCGGCUAUCUGGUCAUCAGCGAGGACGGCGUUCUGGCCUCUUCAGGUGAGCUGGAAAACGACGAGCACACAGCUGGCGUGAUGAUGCAGAUGGUUCGCACGGCUGCUCGCUUGAGGUUGGCGGGAUCGGCCGACGUGCCCUUCAAACGCAUGUCAGUCAUCUUGGAGGAUUUUGUUUUCACAGUGACCGCUUCGGGUCAGAAGGUUUUUGUGGUCAAACGGCAGAACAACCAGCAGGAACCAAUCAGCGUUUAGAAAGGCAAACCCAAAGUGAGGUCACGUAUUUGUAGGACACAUUUCAAUAAAAUGUUGAAACUU